AUGCCUUAUCCAGCCCUCCCGAGUAUUUGUAUUUAUAAUACUUUUUCAGUCUGUCGUAGUUAUGCGCUGCUUACUGCUCCGCAGAGAGAACCAAUAGAGCAUAAAAGAGAAUCCUGUUGGAAAUGA